UGGCUGGCGGCGGGGUGCUCACCCACCAGCAGGAUGCUGACUACCUCUUCAGCAGUGAUGCUGCCCACCCGGACACCCGCAGAAUACACGAGAGCCUCGAUUACUUGGAGGGCAGAGCUACAGUCUUUCACUCCCGUUACCUCUCUGUGUGGGGGAGCACCGACGUGGGAGCAAAGCCAUCGGUGGUUCUGGGCCACUUUGUCCUGCCACCUGCCUGCCUGCAAGAAGAAAUCAGAAGGAAAAUCGGUCGUUUUAUUUGGGAGCAGGCGGAUGAUUCACUUGCAGAACAGCCCAAGGAAAAUCUGACGGACGAACUGGAGGCGGCGAGAAAAGCCUGUGAGGAAGAAGCGGAAGAGGAUACGCUGGACCUGGCCGAAAGUGAAGAAGAAACAAGCUCCAGAGCUCCUGCCCAGGGCAAAUUUCCAUACCAUGCCCUCCGGGAAUACCCGAUGAAUAACAUGGUGACAGGCUACGCCUCUGCUCGUGACAUGAAGAAAUAUGACGGAGAGCUCCGCGAUUUUAUUCCCGGCACUUCGGGCUACACGGUGUAUUGGAUUCAGAACGAAAUUAACAUUUACACUGAUGUGAAGACUAAAAUGAAGAGAAAAUUGUAA